AGUGAGGGUGUAUCCGAAAGAUAUAAAGCUGGGGACCGACGACCAAAUCUUUUCAUUGCUCAUCUUCGACGAUGUGGAUACGCGUAACGAUCGCUCUGUUUAUAGCCUUUGUGGCUGUAGUUUUGGCCCAGGGCGAUGGACGUUAUCGUCCUCCGCCCACGCGAGCAAACGCCGGAGACGGACGAUACAAGGGUGGCAAUGAUGGACGCUAUACGGGUGGUAAUGAUGGACGUUAUCGUGGUGGCGGCGAUGGUCGGUACACUGGAGGCAAUGAUGGACGUUAUGUGCAUACGGACAACAAAUAUCAACACGACGAUCGUCCUGGCGGGGCGUACUCCGGUGAUAGUGGACGCUAUGUAGGGGACAAGAACAAGGGUGGAGGAGGUGGUGGUGGCGGUGGAUCUGGAGCAGGAGGUGGUGGUGGUGGUGGUGCAACGAUUGCCACAGCUAGACCGCCGCCACGGCCCACUACCGCAGCGCCGGCAGCGAUUAUCGAUCCAACGGCCAAUUUGCCCAAGGGAAAAGGUACAGGCGAAGGUGGCAAUGGCUGGGCCAUCAUCCGUCAGGAGGACGAAGUGGACGUGGAUGGCUAUCAUUAUCUUUGGGAAACCGAGAAUGGAAUUUUGGGUGAGGAAAGUGGACGCAUUGAAAAGUUGACUGAGGAGGAUGGCCUGCGCUCCAAGGGCUUCUACGAAUACACUGGACCAGAUGGCAUCCUCUACCGCGUGGAUUAUGUGGCGGAUGACAAUGGCUUUGUUCCGAGUGGCGCUCACUUGCCCACGGCACCACCUCCGCCGCCGUAUGUGGAAAAAUUGUUGGCCUAUCUCGAAGCAAAUGCAAAGACGACGAAAUAAAUUUUGGAAUUUGAAAUCGCCUGAAGUUUAAAGUGAAUAAAAUGUUGUGCCAUUAAAA